UAUAUCCUCGAAAGGCGCGCCAAACUUUUAUCCACUCGUUAACGGACACGUCAUCUUUGACUUUGAAUCCACGUCAGCUCCCUUGCCGUGAAAGCAUUCACUUUAUAAACCGCAUGGUGGUUAGAAAAGUAGUCAUUUGAUAUUUUUCUUCCAAUGGAAUCGCGGCGAGGGAAUCAAAUGACGGAGGAGGAAUCUGCGGCGAGGCGGAUCCAGCGAUUGUCGUCGCACAUCUCUCCCGCGUUAACGGCGCCGUCGUCGUCGUCGCAGGCACCUCUGGUGCAGAGGGAGGUUUGUUCUUCGCGGACGAAGAAGGUGAACGUGAAUAGCCAGGCGCUGUCUGUGUACAUGAGGGGGAAACACAUGGACGUGCAGGAGAAAGUGUACGAGUUCUACAAUUCCCGCCCCGAUUUGCAGACGCCGAUCGAGAUCUCGAAGGACGAUCAUCGGGAAUUGUGUAUGAGGCAGCUGCUCGGGCUCGUGAGGGAAGCUGGGGUGAGGCCGUUCAGGUACGUCGCGGAUGAUCCGGAGAAGUAUUUCGCCAUCAUGGAAGCUGUUGGAAGCGUUGAUAUGUCGCUUGGGAUCAAGCUCGGCGUUCAAUACAGUCUUUGGGGAGGAUCUGUGAUUAAUUUGGGAACGAAGAAGCAUAGAGACAAGUAUUUCGAUGGCAUUGACAAUCUCGACUACACUGGUUGCUUUGCUAUGACUGAGCUCCACCAUGGGUCUAAUGUUCAAGGUCUCCAGACCACGGCCACGUUCGAUCCCAUCACAGACGAAUUCGUGAUCGACACGCCUAAUGAUGGAGCCAUCAAAUGGUGGAUUGGAAACGCUGCAGUUCAUGGGAAGUUCGCAACUGUUUUCGCUAGGCUUAUCCUUCCAACGCAUGAUACCAAAGGAGUCUCUGAUAUGGGUGUUCACGCCUUCAUAGUUCCCAUAAGGGAUAUGAAAACCCACCAGACGCUCCCAGGUGUUGAGAUUCAAGAUUGUGGGCAUAAAGUGGGCCUGAACGGUGUGGACAACGGUGCGUUGAGGUUCCGUGCUGUGAGAAUACCCCGUGACAACCUUCUCAAUCGGUUUGGAGAUGUGUCCCGUGACGGGAAGUAUACAAGUAGCUUACCAACGAUCAACAAAAGAUUUGGUGCAACGCUUGGUGAGCUUGUGGGUGGACGAGUUGGUCUUGCUUAUGCAUCUGUUGGCGUUCUUAAAAUAUCCGCCACGAUUGCGAUUCGUUACUCGCUGUUGAGGCAACAGUUUGGUCCUCCAAAGCAACCUGAGGUCAGUAUUCUUGAUUACCAGUCUCAGCAACACAAGCUCAUGCCGAUGUUGGCAUCCACCUAUGCGUACCAUUUCGCAACUGUGUACCUCGUGGAGAAAUAUUCAGAGAUGAAGAGGACUCACGAUGAGCAAUUGGUUGCUGAUGUUCAUGCACUCUCUGCGGGGCUCAAAUCUUAUAUAACGUCUUAUACCGCCAAGUCGCUCUCGGUCUGUAGAGAAGCUUGUGGAGGACAUGGUUACGCAGCUGUUAACAGGUUUGGAAGCUUGAGAAACGAUCAUGACAUUUUCCAAACAUUUGAAGGAGACAACACAGUGCUUCUGCAACAGGUGGCAGCUGAUUUGCUGAAGAGAUACAAAGAGAAGUUCCAAGGUGGGACAUUGACAGCUACGUGGAGUUACUUGAGAGAGUCGAUGAACGCUUAUUUGUCUCAGCCAAAUCCUGUUACAGCUCGUUGGGAAGGUGAAGAUCAUCUAAGAGAUCCUAAGUUCCAACUAGAUGCUUUCAGGUAUCGGACAUCGCGUCUCCUACAAAGUGUUGCAAUGAGAUUGACGAAACACACCAAGACACUUGGAUCAUUCGGCGCUUGGAACAGAUGCUUGAAUCAUCUCUUGACACUUGCGGAAUCUCACAUUGAAUCAGUCAUUCUCGCCAAGUUCAUUGAAGCUGUUCGAAAAUGUCCGGACCCAAGGGCAAAAGCUGGUCUGAAACUAGCAUGUGAUCUUUACGCAUUGGACCAUAUAUGGAAAGAUAUAGGAACAUACCGUAACGUGGAUUAUGUCGCGCCUAACAAAGCCAAGGCAAUUCAUAAGUUGACUGAGUAUUUGAGUUUCCAAGUAAGGAAUGUGGCCAAGGAGCUAGUGGACGCUUUCGAUCUACCUGAUCAUGUUACUCGAGCGCCAAUUGCUAUGCAGUCUGAUGCGUAUGCACAGUAUACUCAAGUUGUUGGAUUCUAAAAAAGGUAAGGAAAAAAAAAAGAAAUAUCAGAUUGAAUAAUUUCCUUCGAGUCUUUUUGAUACGAAGUGAAAAUAACAAUUUAUACUACGUGUCGUCCCCGUUUUGUUAUUUGUUUUGUGUAUUCUUUGCUAUUUGUUUCCACAAGAGAAUAAUAAAUCAUUGAACUUGAUUUUUCAA